AUGGAGUUAAACAAGAAAUAUGUUUGUAGUGUUGGUUAUUACACCAACCGUGGGGUCUCAAAAGUUGAUGAAGAAAAUGUUGAGUUAUCAAGUUAUAAUGGUAAAUGUUUAAAUACCAAAUAUCCAAAAUGCUGUGAAUGUAAUCAAGAGAUGAAGCCAAUGUUAUAUCUUCAUUGUCCAAUAGAAGAAGAUCAAACAAGACAUAUGUCAAUUUUUUAUUGUCCACAUCAUCUUUGUUUUAGAGCAUUUUCUUCAAUCCAACCAAAACAAGAAAUAAUCAAAAAAGAAGAAAAAACACAAGAUGAAGGAUUUAGUUUGAUUGAUAUAGAUGACUCUACAUUUGCAUCUCUUAUUGCUUCACAACCAAAGAAAGAAGUAAAAAAGAAAAAGUUAGAAAAUUGUUGUGGAAAAUGGAUUGAAUGGUAUGAAGAAUAUAAAACAAUUAAAGAAUUUAAUGAUUCUGAAUUAGAAAAAAUUAAAGAAUUUAAGAGUGUUGAAGAAGAGAAUUCUGAAGAUGAAUUUGAAAGUGUGUCAGACCCUCAAUGGGAAAAAUUUAUAACAUCAAUGAAUGAAAAUCCUAAACAAAUUGUAAGAUAUGGUGGAGAACCAUUACUUAUUAAUGAGUCUAAUAAAAAAAAACAAGAAGAAGUACAUAAAUGUUCGAUAUGUGGAAAUGAAUUAUUAUAUGAAUUUGAAAUACUUCCAUCAAUAAUUUCAUUAAUAAAAGAUAUUCCAGAAUUUGGUGCAUUAUUAGUAUAUUCAUGUGAACAUUGUUUUAAUGGAACUGAAAGUAAUAUUAUAAUAUUUGAACCAAAUGAAUAA